AUGUGCGGGAGCAAGUUUUUGGCUUCCAGCCCCUCUCCGCAGAGGGUGAGGUUGAGGGCUUUAAAGGAGGAUGGCGAUUCUCUGCCAGCUUGCAAGCAUGGCGAGAAUCGGAGGAAGUUGGGUGAGGCUGCAAGAAUUGGGGGAUUGUACUGGAGAUUGCUUGGAUAUAGGGAAGUUGAAUUACGGGGAUGGGGGAUUGCAGGAAUUGGGGCGUUGGAAUUGUUGACUUGGAGGGGCUGUAGGAAUUGCAAGGAUGGGUUUCGGCUUGAGUAG